AUGGAAGAUUCAACACAAGGAAAUGACAAGGUUCAGGGAAAAGAUAUCGAAAAAUAUGAGAAAUGGACGUCGAAAGAAAGCAAUGAGCUUUUAAAACUCAUGGUUGAUGCUGUCACACGUGGUUGGCGUGAUAGUAAUGGUUUGUUAUACAACAAGUAUUCUAAGCUUAUACGUCAUAACUCUGGGUUCGGAUGGGAUCAUGUGACGAAGAAAUUCACUGCUCACUAUAAAGUAUUGGACAAUUACUUUAUGUCACAUUCUGAAGAUAAAAGUUAUCGCAUAGAUACUUUUCCAGACUAUGAGGAUGUGAGAAUUGCAGUUGGAAGUGGGAGAGCUGUUGGGACACACUCAAUUGCAUUAGGGGAUGAUACUGAUGCAAGAACUUCUUAUACUGAAGAAAGAAGAGUUCGUGACAGUUUAAUAGAUGACUUCAUGUAUGAUCCUGAUACUGAAGCAUUUAUAGCAACCGAUAAGCAAGAUUUUAUAAGUUCAGAGGUACUUCCAUAUAUAUAA